AAAAGUGUAAGUGUUCGAUCGGAAUGUUCGAUUCCUGAAGUUAAUGAAGAAGCUAUCGGCUGGCAACCAAAUAAACGUGUUGGGUAUUGUCUCAAGUGUGCUCUUUGUACAGAAAAGCUUGUCAAAGAUUGUCAGAGCGAAGUGGAUGACAAAGACCAUGGUCAGAGGGAUCUUACAACAUGUAUUCGCGAAGAAGAAGAAGAAGAAGAAGAAGAAGAAGAAGAAGAAGAAGAAGAAGAAGAAGAAGAAGAAGAAGAAGAAGAAGAAGAAGAAGAAGAAGAAGAAGAAGAAGAAGAGGAAGAAGAGGAGGAGGAGUCAGAUUUCAUCGAGGAAGGUGAAAUGGUGAGUUCUGAAUGUGGGAAAAGGAAGAAAAUAAUUGGGCGGAGAGCGACUUGGAAAGAAGAUCACAUCGCUGAUAUGGUAAAUAUCAUUGUUAAUGAUGACCAGCUGGUCAAGAAACUGAUAUUUUGCAAUACUAAGAAAGCAAGCAACACUGAAGCUAAUGAGAUGGUACGGAAA